AUGGGGUCAGAGUGGCAGUCAGUCCACUACACGCAAAGCAUACCUGACAUCACCAAACCGUUCGACAUAAGAUGUCCCCCUGGAACGGAUGUAUGGGAGAAGCCACCGUCCACGCAUUCGUUCAAUGCUCCGAUCAUAUACAAGACCACGACCGUUGGUGCCUUCAAAAAGGCUCGGGUCACAGUGUCGGCCAAUUGGAGGGAUCGGUACGACCAAGGAGGACUCGCUCUUGUGGUCAACUUGGAUGCCGGUCGUCAAUGGAUCAAGAGUGGAAUCGAGUACGAGAACGAUGAGUGCAAUGUGGCUACCGUAGCUACUUCAAAAUGGAGUGAUUGGAGUCUGAUGCCAGUUAAGGAUCAGGCGAAAGCCACUUUAGAGCUGGAGCGGAUAAGUGACGGAUCGCUCUGGGUCUGGCUCGUUGGCAACGGGGGCAAGAGAUCUGGGCUGCGAGAGGUGACCUGGUGGUCGACUCUUCCUGAGGACGCUGAGCUUUGGGUCGGGGUAAUGGCAGCCAAGCCUGCACCGAACGGCGAGAAGGAGGACUUAGUGGUUCACUUCGAAGAUCUGAGUAUCGACCUGGCUUGA